CAGCUGGCAUUUUAUCAGCUUUGGUUAGAGGCAUAGGUUGGACAAUCCUGGACUGGAAUGAAAAGAAAAAGAACAUGCUCCAGCUUCUAAUUCCACUGCUUAUGGCAUUCAAGGGAUAUGCCCAAGAAGAGCCAGACAAAGUUCAAUGUGGCCACCGACCUGCCUUUUCAAACUCAUCAUCGUUACAAUUUCGUGAACUGUUGGAAGUCCAGGAAGGUGAGUUUCCAUGGCAAGUGAGUAUCCAGAUCUCACAGAAACAUCUCUGUGGAGGCUCGAUCAUACAUCGGUGGUGGAUUUUGACAGCUGCACAUUGCUUCCCAAGAACUCUGUUAGAAAUGGCAUUGGGAAAUGUUUCUGUGGUCAUGGGAACCAGAAGAUUCAGCGAUGUCCGCUUAGAGAGAAAACAAGUGAAGAAGAUAAUUAUUCACAAAGAUUAUAAACCAUCCCAUCUUGACAGUGAUCUCUCCCUUCUCCUGCUUGCCACACCAGUACAAUUCACUAACUUCAAAAUGCCCAUCUGCUUACAGAAGAAGGAAAGGAUCUGGGACAGGUGUUGGAUGACAGAGUGGGUGACAGCUUAUGAGCAUGACCGACAUGACAACUUAAACAUGUACCUGCAGAAGAUGAGAGUGCUGCAGAUUAGCUGGAGAGAAUGCAGCAAGAGGGUAGACCAGCUCUCCAGGAACAUGGUUUGUGCUUGGAAGGAACCAGGCACCAAAGGCAAUUGCCAGGUUCUUUCGGAGCACAGCUAUGGGCCUAUCAUGACAGACAUCGGGGAGCAGCAGACUUUCUACUACACAGAGGAUUACCACCAGCAGUACCUGAGCAAGAACCCCGAUGGGUACUGUGGCCUGAGGGGCACCGGCGUGUCCUGUCAUGCCCUGUGUUAUAGAUCCAGAAUUUAUACACUGGAACCCUGGCCACUAGUGUGGCUGUUUUUUGAUAAUGGCUCCCAAUAAGCCAUCUGAGGACACCAUGAGAAGCUGGUCAUGAGCAAGCCAGGAAGAGGGCCUCACCAGGAACAGAAUAAUCUGGCUCCUUGAUCUUAGACUUCCAGCCUCCAAAACUGAGAGAAAAUAAAUUUCUGUUUGUGCAAGCCA